AUGGGCCGGAGCGGGAAGACGGCAACUCCCAGUAGGCGCGGGGCGCCCUACUGGGGAGAAACUAAGUUCUGCCGAAUUUUAGGUGGUAAAGGUAAACAGGGCUUAGCUCCAGACGGUCAUGUGGAAGUUUUCACGAGACGUGAGUACAAGCCAGGCUUGUUAGUGGCCUCGGCUACGAUUAAGGGCUUCGAAGAGACGUGGUCAGCAUUAAUCGACUUUGGAGCGUCAGGCAACUACGCUCGACGCCGGUCCCUAGAGGCAUGUCAGCAAAAUGCUGAGGCGCUGAAAGCGCAUGAGGAUAAUGUUACCGCGUUUCGCUUAGCGACAGGUACUCGUGUCACCGUCCUAAAGUUCCGUUGA